AUGCUGACAAUCCUGCAGAAUGUCAUCUCAGACUGCUGCCACCUGCUGCUGUUUCUGCUAGUUGCCAUUAUAUUUGUGCCUGCUACUAUCUGGGCGUUCAAAAAAGUGAAAAAAAUACAGGCUUGCAACAAAAAGCAGAGCAGCGUCCUUGGGAAAAAUAAGUAUCACAAGCAUAGAUCCAAGGAGGACAAAGGGUAUAAGCUCAGCCACAGAACAAAAACUACUAGCCACAGCAAUCUCAAGGCACCGACCAAUGUGCAAAUUGGCAUCACCCCACAAAAUGAGGUGAUCCAUUGGGUAAGUCAGCAGCGCUCCACUGGUCAAAGGUCACGUAGUCGCACACCUCCUUCAACUAGCCCCAAACGUCAUCAAACGCCCCAGAAGCCUCCACCUGUCAGGGUAAGGAGCCCGGGACCUGGUCAAAGGUCACAUAGUCGCACACCUCCUUCAACCAGUCCCAAAGGUCGUCAAACUCCACCCAAACCACCUGCCAGGGCAAGAAGUCCCAGACCCUGCACUCAAACUCCUCUACCUUCUUCCAAAGAUUUACUGCCUCCCCCAUUCAUUAUCUGUCAGACUACUAGCCACAGCAAUCUCAAGGCACCGACCAAUGUGCAAAUUGGCAUCACCCCACAAAAUGAGGUGAUCCAUUGGGUAAGUCAGCAGCGCUCCACUGGUCAAAGGUCACGUAGUCGCACACCACCUUCAACUAGCCCCAAACGUCAUCAAACGCCCCAGAAGCCUCCACCUGUCAGGGUAAGGAGCCCGGGACCUGGUCAAAGGUCACAUAGUCGCACACCUCCUUCAACCAGUCCCAAAGGUCGUCAAACUCCACCCAAACCACCCGCCAGGGCAAGAAGUCCCAGACCCUGCACUCAAACUCCUCUACCUUCUUCCAAAGAUUUGCUGCCUCCCUCAUUCAUCAUCUGUCAGGCUACUAGCCACAGCAGUCUCAAGGAACCCACAAAUGGAAAUCUGAGUAGCAUGACCCCCGAGGAGGAGUUAACAGAGGUACUUAACCUGCUAGCACAAAACGAGAGCCUUUUGACAAAGCAGCCUGGAAGACCCAGAACUCCCAAGAAAAAGGAGAAAGACGUUCGUAGCAAAAAACCAAGUACCUCCAAGGACGGCGCAGGAAGAUCAGGCAGUCCCAAAGGCAAGCCAGCAGAGACUCAGAUCAGCCUGAUGCUUGAUCGACAGACACACCGAUUGAGCUGGGCUGAUGACAUGACAGAAGUCCCCAGAGAGAGUGGAGAUCUUCCUAGCUUUGCUCAGACAUCAUUCUUAGACACUACUUUCAUGUGCCAGAACCAACUGGAAUUGCCUUGCAUUCACCAAGCACAAAUAGAACUGCAGCAGGAAAGUUUCAAACUUGCAAAGAGCCCUCUCAAGUCUCAGUGUCUGGCCCAUGCCAUUGUGGAAUCAUUGGACACAGAGCAAGCUACACGGGAUCUAUACAUGUGCCUGGCUAAAGGUCUGGAGAAUGGGCAUAGCCAGCCAAGUGUAGAAUAUCCUAUUUGCUUGUUAUGUGGCCGCUGCGCUCCUUAUUGCCCACAUCCCCAUCCACAGCACGGCCCUUGCCUCCUUGUCUAUCCACGGCUAAGUGUACAGGACGGGGAGGUUUACAUGAACUUGGGCUUCCUCCUUAAGAUCAAGAGGCAUGAAGCCAACAGAUGGGGUCUGGUGCAAGGAAAGGAUGCAUCAAAGUUGCAACACAGCAAAGGGCAUCCUUCCAAGCAAGAGAGGAGUCAGAGCAGGAGCCCGAGCAGGAGCAGAAGCAGGAGGAAUGCCCAUGAAGCAGCACCCCCAUCAAGGGCCGCAGAGAGGCCGUCUCGCCUAGCCAGGCAGCGACCUACAGAGGCAAUUGACCUGAGAGCCAGACGGCACAGGGCUGGUCCCAGGCCAUCCAGAGCAACAACACCCAGAUCCCCUCCACGUUCACCUAAAAUGGAGUCCCAGCCACGAAAGCCAGCCCCAGAGGCAACCCAACCCAAGUCCCCACAGAAGCCUCCCAACAUCCUGAAAAAGCUCUUGUUAUGCAUCAAGAAAGUUUGGGCAAAGGUGCGGAGGAGGAGAGAACCCCCUUCCACAAAGCGGAGCUCUAGGACAUCCCUCCAGAAAGCAGCUUCUUCUCCCUCUCUGGUGGAUCCUUCAGCUCCUUCUGGUUUUCCAGCCAAUGGCAUUUCGCACCAAAAGCAAGGCUCUCUUCGUAAACAUGCAGUGACUACUACACACGCAAAACAAGGACACUCCCAUGGUCAUAGAAAAAUGUCCAUGAAAGUCUCAGAUCAUGAAUCAUUUCACCCCCACAAGAAGGUUGAUAGCUACCGUGCAAAACCAGCUUCUUCUGGGGCACCAAAAAAACAUUCCAGACAUUCUCCCCCAAGGCAAUUACAAAGGAGCCCCUCCAGAGCUAACUUGUAUUGA